AUGGGCUGGAAGAAGGAGCCGGCAGCCCACAGGGUGGAAGAGCGAGACAGACGCACUGGGAUGGUGGAGGCAGAGGAGAGGGAGGAAGAUGGGGAACGGGGCUUGGGGGCCUGGGGGGCCGUCACCGGAACAAUGUUCUCCAUGAUCACCCCCAACGUCCUGCGGCUGGAGAACGAGGAGAAGGUACUGCUGCAGGCCCACGACUAUUCAGGGAACAUUGCAGUCACGGUCAGCGUCUUCGACUUCCCAGCCAAGAGGCAUAGGAUGUUUGGCGAGACCAUCGCUCUGAUCAAGGAGAAUGACCACAUGAGCACAGUCAGCAUUAAGAUCCCAGUCAACCAGGAGUUAACAUCAGGGAAGGGGAAAAAAUUCGUGACUAUCCAGGCAGACUUCGGGGGCACCGUGGUGGAGAACAAUGUACUGGUCAGUUUUCAGAAUGGAUACCUCUUCAUCCAGACGGACAAGCCCAUCUACACUCCAGGCUCCACGGUCCUCUAUCGGAUCUUCACCGUUAACAAUGACCUACUGCCCGUGGGCCGGACCAUUAUAGUCACCAUCCAGACCCCCGAUGGGAUUAUCAUCAAGCAGGACUCUCUGUCUUCUCAGAACCAGGUUGGCAUCUUGUCCCUGGCUUGGAACAUCCCGGAGCUGGUUAACUUGGGGCAGUGGAAGAUACAAGCCCACUAUGAAGAGGCCCCACAGCAGGUCUUCUCUGCUGAGUUCGAGGUGAAGGAGUACGUGCUGCCCAGUUUUGAGGUCCAAGUGGAGCCUACAGAGAAAUUCUACUACGUUGAUGACCCUCAGGGCCUGGAUGUCACCAUCAAGGCCAGGUUCUUGUACGGGAAGAAUGUGGAUGGGAUCGCCUUCGUCAUCUUUGGGGUCCAGGAUGGGGAGCAGAGGAUCUCGCUGCCCCAGUCCCUCACCCGUGUGCAGAUCAGUGACGGUGCUGGGGAGGCCAGGCUGGAACGACAGGUCCUUCUGGCCGGCGUGGACCCCCCCAGAGCAGAUGCCCUGGUGGGGAAGUCAUUGUACGUGUCCGUCACUGUGAUCUUGCACUCAGGCAGCGACAUGGUGGAGGCGGAGCACAGCGGGAUCCCCAUUGUGACCUCCCCCUACCAGAUCCACUUCACCAGGACGUCCAAGUUCUUCAAACCAGGCAUGCCGUUUGACCUCAUGGUGUUUGUCACGAAUCCGGACGGCUCCCCAGCUCCCAACAUCCCCAUGAUGACCCAGCACUCCAAAGCGCGCUCCCUCACCCAGGCCGACGGUGUGGCCAAGCUGAUCAUCAACACACACAAAAGCUAUACGUCCCUGCCCAUCACUGUAAGCACUAAGAAGAAUGGCAUCCCGGACUCACGACAGACCACCAGGACUAUGACCGCCCAACCCUACAAGACCAUGAGCAAUAACUACCUGCAUGUCUCUGUACCUCGUGUGGAGCUCAGGCCGGGGGAAGAUCUCAGUGUCAACUUCCACCUGCGAAUUGACCCCACCACCACCCAGGAAAACAAUAUCCGCUACUUCACCUACCUGAUCAUGAACAAAGGGAAGCUGUUGAUGGCAGAGCGCCAGAAGCGGGAGCCAGGCCAGGACAUGUAUGCACUGCCCCUGACCAUCACUGAAGACUUCAUUCCUUCCUUUCGCCUAGUAGCUUAUUACACCUUCAUUAACAACAAGGGCCAGAGGGAGGUGGUAGCCGAUUCCGUGUGGGUGGAUGUCAAGGACUCCUGUGUGGGCAAGCUGGUGGUGAAAGGAGGCAGGCAGGAAGAGAGAGCAUACCUACCUGGGCAGCAGAUGACCCUCAAGAUCGAGGGUGACCGGGGGGCCCGAGUGGGGCUCGUGGCGGUGGACAAGGGCGUGUUCGUGCUGAACAAGAAGAACAGGUUAACUCAGAGCAAGAUCUGGGACGUGGUGGAGAAGGCAGACAUCGGCUGCACUCCCGGCAGCGGGAAGGACUAUGCCGGCGUCUUCACAGACGCGGGGCUGGCCUUCAAGACCAACAAAGACCUGCAGACCCCGGAUCGGACAGAGCUGGAGUGCCCCAAAGCAGCUACCCGGCGCCGCCGCUCCGUGAUGCUCAUGGAGAAGAGGAUGGACAAAGCCGGACAGUAUCCAAAGGAGGUGCGCAAGUGCUGUGAACACGGCAUGCGGGAAAACCCCAUGAAGUUCUCGUGCGAGCGCAGGGCACAGUACGUCCCACACGAGGCGUCGUGCGUGAAGGCCUUCCUGGAAUGUUGCCAGUACAUCACCCAGCUGAGGCUCAACCACUCCCGCAGCAACCACCUGGGGCUGGCCCGGAGUGACUUGGACGAGGAUAUAAUCCCAGAAGACGAAAUCAUUUCACGAAGUCAUUUCCCUGAGAGCUGGCUGUGGCGCAUGGAGCAGCUCACUGAACCCGCGAAAGAUGGAGUAGGGCAGCCGCAGGUCGAUGAAGAAGUCUUGCAUCACUGUGACCUCGUAGGGGUCAGCCACGCAGAUCCCUGUCCGGGAGUGGAGUGUCAAGGGGAGGAGGAGGACAGGGUCUCAGUGCUCACCCCUGACUGCGGGAGCGGUCCAGAAGGAAUCAUAGUCAACAGAACUGUGGCCGUUCACACACUGGAUCCAGAACACCGGGGCCACAACGGAGUGCAACGAGAGGAGAUCCACGCCACAGACCUCAGUGACCAAGUCCCAGACACAGAUUCAGAGACCAGGAUCCUCCUGCAAGGGACCCCAGUGGCUCAGUUGACAGAGGACGCCAUCGAUGGGGAACGACUGAAGCAACUCAUCGUGAUCCCCUCGGGCUGCGGGGAGCAGAACAUGAAGGGAAUGACGCCCACCGUCAUCGCUGUGCAUUACCUGGACCAAACGGGCCAGUGGGAGAAGCUGGGCCCCACAAAGCGAAAGGAAGCCUUACAGCUCAUCCAAAAGGGGUACACCCAGCAGCUGGCCUACAGACAGGACAACUCAGCCUAUGCUGCCUACCGAUCCCGGGAGCCCAGCACCUGGCUGACUGCCUACGUGGUCAAGGUCUUCUCUCUGGCCUCCAACCUCAUUGCCAUUCAGGCCGAUGUCCUCUGCGGGGCUGUCAAAUGGCUCAUCCUGCAAAGGCAGAACCCCGAUGGGGUCUUCAGGGAAGAUGCGCCCGUAAUGACUCAAACAAUGACUGGGGGCUACCAGGAGAAUGAGGAGAAGGAUGUGUCCCUCACAGCCUUUGUUCUCAUUGCACUGCAAGAGGCUACAGAUAUUUGCGGGCAAAGGGUCAACAGCCUGGAGCAAAGCAUCAAUAAGGCAAGUGAUUAUCUUGGAGCCCACUACAGGAACCUCAGAAGACCAUAUUCCGUGGCCAUUGCUGGCUAUGCCCUGGCCCGAUCAGGCAGGCUGAAAAAUGACCUCCUCACAAAAUUUCUGAGCACAGCCAAAAACAAGAGAAGUUGGGAGGAGCCUGGCCAGAAGCUCUAUAGUGUGGAGGCCACAUCCUAUGCCCUCUUGGCCCUGCUGGUGCUCAAAGACUUUGACUCUGUACGUCCUGUUGCAAGCUGGCUCAAUGAGCAGAGAUACUAUGGAGGCGGCUAUGGCUCCACCCAGGCCACCUUCAUGGUGUUCCAAGCUUUGGCCCAAUACCAGAAGGAUGUCCCUGACCAUGAGGACCUGAACCUGGAUGUAUCCAUUGACCUACCCAGCCGCAGCUCUGCCAUCCAGUACACCAUCCUCUGGGAGUCUGCUAGCCUCCAGCGGUCAGCAGAGACCAAGAAAAAUGAGGAUUUUGUAGUAACAGCUCAAGGAAAAGGACAAGGCACCUUGUCGGUGGUGACAAUGUACCAUGCCAAGCUCAAGGCCAAACAGACCUGCAAGAAGUUUGACCUCAGAGUGGGUCUCCGACGAGCUCCUGAAGACGUCAAGAGGCCUCAGGAUGCCCUGAACACCAUGAUCCUUGACAUCUGCACCAGGUACCUGGGAGACGAGGAUGCUACCAUGUCGAUCCUGGAUAUAUCCAUGAUGACUGGCUUUUCUCCUGACAUUGGUGACCUUGACGGGUUGAACGAUGAAAUCGAGAGAUACAUCUCUUUGUAUGAGCUGAACAAGGCUUUCUCCAAUAAGAACACCGUCAUCCUCUAUCUGGACAAGGUUUCACAUGACCAGGAGGACUGUCUGUCCUUCAAAGUGCACCAGUAUUUCAAUGUGGGGCUUAUCCAGCCUGGGUCGGUCAAGGUGUACUCCUAUUACAACCUGGAUGAGAGUUGUAUCCAGUUCUACCACCCAGACAAAGAAGACGGUUUGCUGAGCAAGCUCUGUCACAGAGACAUGUGCCACUGUGCUGAGGGUGGCGCCAAGGAGCCAGGAAGGCGUGGACACACCCCCAGACCCUCCUCCCAUGGGUGUGACCCAAUGUACAAGACCAGGCUUCUCAGGAAGGAGCCGUCAGAUGACUUUGACGAUUACAUAAUGGUCAUCGAGCAGACCAUCAAAUCAGGCUCUGAUGAGGUGCAGGCUGGACAGGAGCGCAGGUUCAUCAGCCACAUCAAGUGCAGAGAGGCCCUGAGGCUGCAGGAGGGGAAACACUACCUCAUGUGGGGCAACUCUGCUGACCUGUGGGGAGAGAAACCCAACAUCAAGUACAUCAUUGGGAAAGACACCUGGGUAGAGUUGUGGCCAGAGCUUGACGAAUGCCAGGAUGAGGAGAAUGAGAAGCAGUGCCAAGACCUGGCCAACUUCACUGAGAACAUGGUUGUCUUCGGCUGUCCCAACUGACCCCUCCCCAUAAACCCCACAAUAAAGUUUCACUUAGAGUUCA